UUUUUUUCAACAGAUCUCGGAGUAUUUUAUCUUUACAACCUAACAAAAUAAUGGGAUCUUAUUCGCUAACCGGCUUUGUUUAAAAAAAGUGUUUUUUGCUUAGAAAAACUGACUUUUUUGAGUGAAGGAAGACAACUAUUUUGCAGCGUGUUCGUAUUAGUGUUUGGAAAGUGGACUAUUACUUAUUUAUAUUUUCAGAUCUAAGAGAAAAUGGCUUUGUCGUUUCACCUGUCUCCAAAAGAGUACUUAAAGAGCAAAAUGCCCAUGUAUAAAGGCAAGUCAAAGCUGGGUAAGAAAUCGGGCAGCAAUGGGGAAGAAGACGAAGUCAAGAGUAUCGGAGCGCCAUAUCAAGUACAUCACAAUUUUCAUGUUGGGUUUGACAAGGUUACAGGAGAAUUUAAUGGCCUCCCUCCGGCUUGGCAAAUGAUGUUGGGGAGCUCGGAUAUCUCAAAAGAAGAACAGAAGGAGAAUCCUCAAGCUGUCAUCAACUCACUUAAAACGUACAGUAGAUCUAUCAAGAAAACGGCAGUUGAAAGGUAUCUUAAGGUAAUACCAUCUGAAGGGGAAUCCCUUGACGACCCAGACGAGAGAGGUACAGAACCUGAAGUGGAACUAGAGAACGAUAACAGUAAAACAGAUGAUGUUUUUGAAAAGGAAGAUGUUGAUGAGAAAAAUGAUAAGACUGAAGAACAAAAACAAGAAGUGGCUGUUACCAAGAUAGAAGUGGAAGAGGGGAAAGAAGAACCUGUAGCUACCAGACGUCAUAAAGAACAACCCAAGAUGACAGAUGAAGAAAUUAACGAGGGAUUGCGCAAAUUAUCAAGUCCUGGCAAUGCACUUGAAAAAUAUGAAACAAAGAAGAAAGUUGGUUCAGGUGCAUCUGGGAGCGUGGUAAUGGCUCAUCCUAAAAGCUCUAUGAAAGAUGUUGUCGCAAUAAAAAUAAUGGAUUUAACAAAUCAACCUAAAAAAGAAUUGCUCAUCACAGAAAUUGAAGUCAUGAAAACUUACCGCCAUGAAAACAUUGUAAACUUCCUUGACUGUUACUACCUGGGGGAAAAACAAGAACUAUGGGUGAUAAUGGAUUAUUUGGAUGGUGGUCCGCUAACAGAUGUUGUAACAGAAACAGUUAUGAAAGAAGGUCAGGUUGCAGCUGUAACAAGAGAGUGUCUUAGUGCAUUAGACUUUUUACAUGCCCGUAGCAUUAUUCACAGAGAUAUAAAAAGUGAUAAUGUACUGUUAGGUAUGGAUGGCAGAGUAAAGUUGACAGAUUUUGGAUUCUGCGCUCAACUCAGUAGUGAGCAGUCAAAAAGACAGACAAUGGUUGGGACACCCUAUUGGAUGGCACCAGAAGUCGUUUCAAGACAGCACUACGGAAAGAAGGUUGAUAUCUGGAGUAUGGGGAUCAUGGUAAUUGAGAUGCUGGAGGGAGAACCACCGUACUUGAACGAGACUCCACUUAAAGCAAUAUACAAGAUCGCCACCAAGGGAAAGCCGGAAAUUAAAAAUUUCAACAAACUGUCACCGGAGCUUCAAGAUUUGCUAAAUAAAAUGUUAGAAGAGGAUGUUGACAAAAGAGCAACAGCAGCAGACCUACUGAAACACCCUUUUUUUGACAAAUCAAUGGAUCUGACAACACUGAGGCCACUAAUUGUAGCAGCGAAAAAAGCCACAGGUCAUAUAUAUUGUUGCAGUGUUAUUUUUAUAGCUACAGUUUCACCAAGCAGGAUACUUGCUGAGCUUGACACUGGUUUCUUCAGUUCGGUAUGUGUGUCAUCAAGAGGCAUAAAUAUACAUGCUCCGGCUCCACAUGAUCCUGGAUUGCCCUUGCAAGAACCAUCGGUGAAUGCUAGUAAGAGCAAAAUGCCUCUGUUCAAGAAUAACUCGGGGACUUCCAAGGACAAGACGAAGCCCGGUAAGAAAGGGGGAAGUACUGGUGGAGGGGGCGAGGACAUGAGCAUUGGAACCCCAUAUAUGGUACAGCACAAUUUUCAUGUUGGGUUUGACAAGGUUACAGGAGAGUUUAAUGGCCUCCCUCCAGCUUGGCAAAUGCUGUUGGGGAGCUCGGAUAUCUCGAAAGAAGAACAGCAAGAAAAUCCAGAAGCUGUCAUCAACUCACUGAAAACAUACAGUAAAUCUAUCAAGAAAAAGCCAGAUGAAAGAUUUCUCAAGAUACAAUCUGAAGGAAUACUUGAUGAUGAUGCUGAUGAGAAAGGACCUAAAGUGGAAUUUGAGAAUGACACUGCUAAAACAGAAGAAGUUUUUAAAAAGGAAGAGGGUGAAAAGAAAGAUGAGGUUGAAAAAGUAAAAGAAGAAGUGGCUAAAAUCAAAGUGGACACAAAAGAGAAAAAAGAAGAGCCUGUAGCUACGAGACGUCCUAAAGAACAACCCAAGAUGACAGAUACAGAAAUAAAUGAAGCACUGCGCAAGUUAUCAAGUUCUGGUAAUGCACUUGAGAAGUAUCAAACAAAGAAGAAAGUUGGUUCAGGUGCUUCAGGGAGUGUUGUAAUGGCUCACCCUAAAAGUAACCUAGAUGAAGUUGUUGCAAUUAAAAUAAUGGACUUAACAAAUCAGCCUAAAAAAGAAUUGCUCAUCACAGAAAUUGAAGUCAUGAAAACUUACCGCCAUGAAAACAUUGUAAACUUCCUUGACUGUUACUAUGUGGAAGAAAAUCAAGAAUUAUGGGUAAUAAUGGAAUUUCUGGAUGGUGGUCCGCUAACAGAUGUUGUAACAGAGACCAUUAUGAAGGAAGGCCAGAUUGCAGCUGUAACUAGAGAGUGUCUUAGUGCUUUAGACUUUUUACAUGCCCGUAGCAUUAUUCACAGAGAUAUAAAAAGUGAUAAUGUACUGUUAGGUAUGGAUGGAAAAGUUAAAUUAACAGAUUUUGGGUUCUGUGCCCAGCUUAGUAACGAGCAGUCAAAAAGACAGACAAUGGUUGGUACACCAUAUUGGAUGGCCCCAGAGGUCGUUUCAAGGAAGCACUAUGGAAAGAAGGUUGAUAUCUGGAGUAUGGGAAUCAUGAUCAUCGAGAUGCUGGAGGGAGAACCGCCAUACUUGAAUGAAACACCACUUAAAGCCAUAUACAAAAUUGCAACCAAAGGCAAGCCAGAAAUUAAAAAUUUCAACAAAUUGUCACCAGAGCUUCAAGACUUCCUAAACAAGUCGCUUGAAGUUGAUGUUGACAAAAGAGCAACAGCUGGGGAGUUGCUGAAUCACCCGUUCCUCAACAAGUCCAUGCAGUUAUCAACCCUUAAGCCACUUAUUGUGGCAGCCAAACAGGCUACAGGUAAGAUCAGUUAAAAUAGAUGUGAUCACUCAACAAGUCACAGUUAUUAGGAUCCAGUACAUUAGGAAAUAAAUGAAGGAGUGAAUGAUUCAUGAAACUAAUCUACUGUCUUUUUUUCUACUGACUUCUUGUAAUGCAUAGUUUGAAGUAAUAACCAGUUUGACUGGUGUCUCAGUGGUAAUUUUAAAUUUUUCAAUCAUUUCUUCUUAAAUUUUAUGAAUGGGUACUUGUAUGACUUUUGAAAACUCCCAAUUUUAUAUUCAGUGCUCCAGAUAAUUUUUGAUAAAUGCGUUAAUCAACCGCAUUGUUAAAAACCUGGGACAAAUGGGAAAAUGUGAGCAAAAAUAUUGGUAAUUGAGAUAUUUGAACUGUGUGCUGGUACCUAAAUAUUUAUAACAUGUACACCAAACAUUCCAGUACCACACCAAUCCUUAUAUAACAGUUAAAUAUAUAGUUUCACUAGAACUGUUCUAAUUUGUUGAGAGAUGUUUGCAUAUCCAGUCCUGUUUGAGCCGGCCAUUUUGUAAAUAAGGAGAUUUUCUGGGAGAAUUUUAUAUGUGUUUAUAAUUACCCAGAUACAUUUGAUGAUGUUUGUUUCUGCUGUACUGUUAAGUUUUUUGUUUUACUACAUAUUUGGUACAUUUAUGAGUGCUUAUGUUUCAGAACUAUGCAAAGUGUGUAUAUGCGCAGAUUUAUUGUAAAAGGGGCCAGUUUUGUUAAGGGAGCAAGGAUGAAUUACCUUUAUUGCCAUUUUGAUCAUAUAUUUGUAUUAAUUUGCUUUUUGUACUUUGUAUUUUAUUCAUGUCACAUUUAAAGAUGUGGCCUUAUUUUUGAGAGUUUUGUAUUUCUACAGAUUUAAGUUCACCAAAACAUUUUGGAAACAGUGUAUGUUGAUAUUUACUGCAUUUUUAAUUCCAGCCUGAUUUUAAACCAGUUUUUGUGACUUAAGAUUUAUCCUCCACCUGACAUUCUAUCAAUCAACCCUGUUUUUGUAAAGUAAGAAUUGGAUAAGUACCUGCCAGGAGUUUAUGUUUUGUAGGUACCCAACUGUUACAUUACUGAAAUAUUACAAAAUCAUACGAUUUUUUUCUUCUAAGUAUUUAUAGAAAAAUAAUAGAUUAAUGUUUUCCUGCCUUUAUGACUAAGCUUACAUGUACAAAGACAACAUUUUCUCCUUUAAUUUGAUAGUUCCAAAAUGUACAUAGCUUUGUUUUUAGGGUUAAAUGAGAAUAAAAUAACUGUGCAUUUUGUAAAUUAUUUUUUAGCAUGUUUGCUCUCUGCUGUACAAUCAAUAAUUGCAUACCAAGGCUCAUAAUAUGUGUAAUUUUUUCAAUAACACAAAUAUGCAUUCAUUGUAACAAGACAAUAUGCCAUAUGCAAGAUUAAGACCACUAGGUCAGAGGUCACAGUUACUUUUGGAGAGGUUAAUGUUUCUCUUGUUCAGCACAUAGAACUAUUUGAUACAUGAUGGAUGACAAUUGAAACAGUGUGAUGCAAGCAUUUGCCAUGAUGUAAAUAUCACAUGCAUUUGAAUGUGAUAGCUGAUCUUGUGAACAAAGGAAAAAGUCAAAUAUCUCUGUUACUUUCAAAGGUUUUGACUUGAAACUUGAAAUUAUUAUUUACUAUCAAAGUCUACACCGGGAGAAACAAAUUCCAUAACUCUGAUUGAAUUUUGACUGAGUAAUGUCCUUUUUUAACUUAGAAUUUUUUGGUUUAAGUUUUAUAAAGUUUUUAUUGGCAAAGCUCUUAUUCAGGGUCAGGCACCGAGAAAAGUCCAGGACGCUGUCUUACGGACAGCUCUUGUUAUCAACCCUUGUAUCUUACACCAAAAAUGUUGGCUUUAUAACUUCCAGUACAGUCAAACCUGUGCCGAAACCCACCUCCAAAUAACAGCCACUACAAUAAAACCUGCCUAAAAAGUCACUGUUUUCCCAUUUCUCAUUUCACAAUUAAAUGUACCUGUGUUGGGAGACCAGCUGUCAAUUAAGACCACUUGACAGGGUUGGCUUUAAAUUAAAUGAGCCUGGCCUGUUAGCUCAGUACAGCACAGAGUUGUUAAUGGUAAGGUCAGUGUUUUGGUCUCUUUAGAUAGGCUAUGUUGUCUGUGAGAAUUUGACAGAAAAAAUGUCUGAAGUUGGUCUGCCUGCCCCUCUGAUUCGUGUAGGCAAGUUUGCAGUUACUUGCAGAGAACUUCAGUACUGCUACAGAAUCCAGGAACACCAUUUAGAUCAAUUAGGUACAUGAAUACUGUUGACACUUAUAGAAUAGUCAAUAGCUAAUAUACCACUAGAAUUUUCUUUAUUAUGGCUCACUUUCAUUCAUUGUUUUCAUGAGCUUCUUUUAUUGUCUGUAAAUAACAUUGUAAAGAUACAGUAAUGAUUUUUGUUUUUGUUUUAUUACACUUGUGUGAUAUGCAAUUAUUGUUAUAAUCCCAACAAAACAAAAAAAAAGUUGAAUACCUAUAGAAGACCCAGAAGGUAUAUAGUGUUUGAACUGUCUGUACAUCAUUCAGCACACACAAGAGAGUGAAGUAUCUAUGAGAAAGUAUAUAACAGAAAACUAUUUUUAAAUUAUUUUUUCUUGAGUUAUGCCCUGUUUUGGACUUUAUUUUUUUAUAACUAUAUUUUUAGCUCGACUUUUCAAAGAAUAGUCUACCUAUUCUACUCACCCUGGCGUCGGUGUCGGCGUCACACCUUGGUUAAGUUUUUGCAUGCAAGUACAUACAGCUAUCAUUUAAAGGCAUAUAGCUUUGAAACUUAUUUAUUCUUUUUCUAGGUCAAUUACCAACCUCACUGGGUCAAGUUCCAUAACUCUAACAUGUAUUUUGAGCAAAUUAUGCCCCCUUUUGGACUUAGAAAAUUUUGGUUAAAGUUUUACAUGCAAGUUACUAUCUCCAAAACUAAUGCAGAUAUUGAAUUGAAACUUCACAUGUGUCUUUGGGGUUAUAAAACUAGUUGAUAGCACCAAGUCCCAUAACUCUGACCUUCAUUUUGGCCAAAUUAUGCCCCCUUUUGGACUUAGAAAAUUCUGGUUAAAGUUUUGCUUGCAAGUACAUACAGCUAUUACUAAAAGGCAUAUAGAUUUGAAACUUAUUUUUUCUUUUUCUAGAUCAAUUACCUACCUCACUGGGUCAAGUCCCAUAACUCUGACAUGUAUUUUGGGCAAAUUAUGCCCCCUUUUGGACUUAGAAAAUUCUGGUUAAAGUUUUGCGUGCAAGUACAUACAGCUAUUACCAAAAGGCAUAUAGCUUUGAAUUUUAUUUAUUCCUUUUCUAGGUCAAUUACCAGCCUCACUAGGUCAAGUUCCAUAACUCUUAACAUGUAUUUUGAACAAAUUAUACCCCCUUUUGGACUUAGAAAAUUCUGGUUAAAGUUUACAUGCAAGUUACUAUCUCCAAAACUAAUGCAGAUAUUGAAUUUAAACCUAACAUGUUUUUUCGGGGUUAUAAAACUAGUUGAUAGCAUCAAGUCCCAUGCCUCUGAUAUGUAUUUUGGUCAAAUUAUGUCCCCUUUCGAACCUCUUUUGAUAUUUUACAUUUUGGGUAAUAAUUUCCUGCUUCUGUGACAAUAUUUCGAAUAGUCGAGCUUGGCUGUCUUACGGACAGCUCUUGUUAUCUUGUGUUUUCAACUCUUCCUCGGUUUCAUUCCAGUUGAAAUUGAACAUGGUUUGUAACAUAUAUUGUAAUGCUCAAAAAUCAGUUUUUAAUUAAAUAUUUCUUUGCUGAUUUUUACUACAAGAAUAUGAAGCAGUAUCCUACUCACCCUUGAAUCAGUGUCUGUGUCCACAUCCGUGUGUUAAACUGGGUUAAAGUGUUGAUGUACUUUCUCUUUAUUUUGUUAACUGUUUCAUGAAUAUGAUAGGUUCAGUAAUGAAGGAUUUUGUCUGUUUUAGUUUUGUUUGUCAUUUUCAUUGUAGGAAACGUGAUAUUUGAAGAUUAUGACAAAAUUAGUAAAUGGCUAUUUAGGUAGUAGUAAACAGUUUAAUGAAGAAUACUGUAAAUUGAAAAGCUGAUUGUAGAAUUUUUCUCAACUGCAUACCAGAAACUUUGAAUAAUCUGUAAACAUGGUUUCUUUUCUAAAAUAUUUGUAGUCAAAGUAUUAUUUUUUUUCAAUAUGUACAAAAUAAUAGUAGGUUGAUUUAAUUUGCCUGGAAAAUAAAUUAUAGAUGCAAGGCGUUUGUUCUUCCCUUUCCAAUUAGUGUUGAUGUCUUUCUGUUCUUGGUUAUAACAGAUUCUUACAGAUCUUUAGAUUUCAAAAUUUCUUUGUACUGCAAUGUAUAAAUGCCUAUAAAAACAAUUUGAGCCACACCUUGAGAAAACCAACAUAAUGCUGUUCGCUUUCAAAGCUGAUUGCAAUUAGAGAAACUGUAAGCGAACAGCAUGGAUCCUGACCAGACUGCACAUAUGCGCAGACUGGUCUAUAUCCAUGCUGGUCGCAAAUACACUAUGUUGGUUUUCUCAUGGUGUGGCUCAAUUGCUUGCUCUACAAGUUAGAGAAUAAAGUCGGUAAUAUUAGUUUUGCGCUCCGCUAUUCGUAAAUAUCCGACAUAACUGUAUUAAAAAUUUGACACAUCUCAAUUUCAUGUCACAUGUCCAAAAGAAAAGAAAUUCUCUUAAGUGUUCCAGCUUAGCUGUCAUUAACAUUAUAUCUUUAUUAAACAAAUAAUCAAGGCCUUUGAAUAGUUUGUCGUCUAACUUAUCACGGUUCAAAGGUCAGGUGUGCAGGAAUUAAAUGCCCUCGUGGUUCAGUAUCUAAGCAUCUGAAAAUGUCUGGUAAAUUAGAUGACAAAUCACAAGAAGGCCGUGAUUGUUUUCAGUCUUACAUGAUCACUGAAAUAUUUUGAUAAAAAUUAUGCUGGGCUUCAUUCAUCAGAGUAGAAAAGAACCGGACGUUAUAAUGCUCUCUUACAUGUCUGCGUGUCAACCAUUGUUUAUCGCAAAAGUAUACAGAGCUUGAAAUUGUUCUUUGUUUUACUCGCGAUAAAAUUGAGCCAUGUUAGAAUGUAGAUUUUAGAAAUUUUUGACUACAGAAUUGACAGUUUAUUUUAGAAAAGGUUGAAAUAUGCAGAGUACAUGUAAUUGUAGUAUGCUGCUUUGUAAAGUCCAAAAUUGUAAAGAAAGACAUUAAUUUGGAUUGUUAAUAAAAUCAGUAUUUGGUUUUAUAUGAGCCGUGCCAUGAGAAAGCCAACAUAGUGUGUUUGUGACCAGCAUGGAUCCAGACCAGCCUGCUCUUCCGAGCUGUCUGGUCAGGGUCCAUGCUGUUCGCUUUCAAAGCCUAUUGCAAUUAGAUAAAUCGUUAGUGAACAGCAUGGAUCCUGACCAGACUGUGCAGAUGUGCAGGCUGGUCUGGAUCCAUGCUGGUCACAAACGCACUAUGUUGGUUUUCUCAUGGCGCGGCUCAUGUGUACAAAAGUUGUAAAUUGAAACUUGUUCAGUGUUAAUAGUUUGGUUUUAGUGACUGUGAGCCAGUUGUUGAUUUUUGUAAAAAUACAUGCUAUUUGGAACAAUAUAAUCUUCUUUGUGUAGAGAGUAUUUUGGUAUUCUUGUUUUAUACAGUAUGGUCAAUUUGUGUCAGUUAUAUAUUCAUAUUACUAAUUUUAUAGUAAAUAAAAUAAUCCUAAAAAUUUA